CGAAGGGGCAACACAAGCCCAGAGGCAAGCGGGGCAGUCCUGGAGAGCGGGGCCAGACGGCUGCUGUCACCAGGCGCCUCGCAGAAGGACCAGGAGGCUGACCCGCCAUCUGAGGUCAGACUAGGUCCCCGCAGCGCCUGGUCCAUGCCCAGGCCCUGAGCUGCCCCGUCCCGCCGGCCCCCCUGCCCAGAAUGGCCUGCCCCGAGCCCCCCCAGCAGCCAGCCGCCCACCAGCCCCAGCCCAUCUUGGCAGGAACCACCAUCACGGGCACCGUUGGGGGACAUCGAGGCUCCGCGGGCCCGGACCUGGAGUGCCUGGUGUGCCGGGAGCCCUACAGCUGUGCCCGACGCCCCAAGCUGCUGGGCUGCCAGCACUCCUUCUGUGCCGUCUGCCUGAAGCUCCUGCUGUGCCCGCAGAACGACAGCUGGUCCGUCACCUGCCCGCUGUGCCGCCAGGCCACCGCCGUCCCCGGGGGCCUCAUCUGCAGCCUGCGUGACCAGGAGGCCCUGGUGGGCCGGCUGGCCCGGCCGUGCCCAGAAGUGUGGCUCUGUCCUCAGGAGCUGGUGUCUCCCACCGCCGCUGCUGCCGCCUUCACAGCAGGGCACCCCGGCUUGGCCGGAGGGGAUGGGCAGGACGUGGCCAGUGCCAACCGCGUGGCAGCCCGGCGCCUGGUGGCACACCUGCUCCUGCUGGCCCUGCUCAUCGUCCUCAUCCUGCCCUUCAUCUACCCCGGCCUCAUGCAGUGGACGCUCACCUUCAUCAUCGCGCUGGCCCUGCUGGUGGCCUCCCUCUUCUGCUGUCACCCCUGCAGCAGGGGCCGCGGCCGGCCGGCCCCCAGGACCCUCUUCUGCGGGGAGCAGAAACACAGCGAGGUCUCCUCCGUGGCCUGCGUGCGCCCCGUCCAGGCACCCACAGCGCCUUGUGCCUCUGCAGCCCCCGUAUUCUCACAGGGAACGGGGUAAGGGACUGUGAAGGAAGGAUGCUCCCUCGGGAGACGGAAUGCCGGCCAGACUUGCAAUAAAGCCAGAUGCUGUCUCGGGUCCGGAACUUGGACGACAGACCUAUGCCUGCCCCGGGGAUGGCAUGGCUGAGCUGUUCGGGGUGAAGAGGAGACACAAAUGACUUGAACCCUGCAUGGGGGCCUCCUGUCCCGCUGACUCAGUGCUCCGGGUUUUCCUUCCCAUACCUUGAGGAAAGUAGUGCAAUAUGAACGUGUUGAAGGACAAAUAGAACCAGAACGCCGCUUUUACCGUUUUGUGAU